UGUUUUGGCGGGAAGUGACCGCCAUCGCAUUCAAGCAUCUGCUUCUGUUCUGUAUUCAAGAGCGUUGAUUUAGUGGUAGAAUUUCGCUGAUUUUUGUUGAAUUUCCGUUAGAUUAUUGUUUAAUUGUAAUCGUUUUCAAGUGCGUGGGUUUCUUUCGAUCGGUGAUUCAAUUUUCGUCACAAUGCAACGAGAUUACACUGCCGACAAAGAAACGAUCAACUCCUUCCUCACGGAAUUCUACAAGGAGGAUGAGGAUGGCAAGAAGAUUUUCGUCUACGCCCGUCAAAUGACCAACAUUGCCCAUCGAGAGCAGGUUGCAUUGACGAUCGAUUUGGAUGACGUGACGAGUUAUAAUGACCAGCUGGCGGAAGCCAUUCAAGGAAACUGCCGCCGUUACGUCAAGCUGUUCUCGGAUGCCGUUUUCGAUCUGCUGCCCUCGUAUAAGGAGCGGGAAAUUGUGAGCAAGGAUCCGUUGGACAUCUACAUUGAACAUCGUCUGUUGAUGCAAUCUCGUAUGAGAAACCCGAACGAGCAUCGAGAUGCCCGGAAUUCCAUUCCCGCGGAACUGAUCAAACGCUUCGAGGUGUACUUUAAGGCCCCGAGUUCCUCCAAAGCGAUUUCCAUUCGUGAGGUGAAGGCAGAAAGCAUCGGUAAACUGGUUACGGUUCGAGGUAUCGUAACGCGAUGCACGGAAGUGAAACCGAUGAUGACCGUGGCCACUUAUACUUGCGAUCGUUGUGGCGCCGAAACUUAUCAACCGGUUUCGUCCAUGAGUUUCAUGCCAGCGAUUGAUUGUCCAUCGGAGGAUUGCCGCGUGAACAAAGCUGGUGGAAGGUUGUAUCUGCAAACCCGCGGUUCCAAGUUUAUGAAGUUCCAGGAACUCAAGAUCCAAGAGCACAGCGAUCAAGUUCCGGUGGGACAUAUUCCACGCUCUUUGACGGUGAUGUGUCGUGGAGAAGUCACACGUUUGGCGCAGCCUGGAGAUCAUGUCGUGAUCAGCGGCAUUUUCCUGCCUCUUCAGAAAUCAGGAUUCCGAGCGAUGGUUUCUGGAUUGUUAAGCGAGACAUUCCUGGAGGCACAUCGUCUCGUAUGCCUGAAUAAGUCGGAUGAAGGAGAAAACAGUAAUGAAAUCACCGAGGAAGAGAUGGCUGAACUGGCAAAGGAUGAUUUCUAUACCAGGAUGGCCAGCAGUCUCGCGCCGGAAAUCUAUGGACAUUUGGAUGUUAAGAAAGCAUUGCUUCUGCUGCUCGUUGGUGGAGUUGAUCGUACUCCAGAUGGAAUGAAGAUCCGUGGAAACAUUAAUAUCUGUUUGAUGGGAGAUCCUGGUGUCGCCAAAUCUCAGCUAUUGGGUUAUAUCGAUCGUCUGGCUGUUCGUAGUCAGUAUACUACAGGACGUGGUUCUUCUGGAGUAGGUUUAACGGCGGCUGUUAUGAAGGAUCCAUUGACCGGUGAAAUGAUGCUAGAGGGAGGAGCACUGGUAUUGGCCGAUCAAGGAGUUUGCUGCAUUGACGAGUUUGAUAAAAUGGCUGAAAACGAUCGUGUCGCUAUUCACGAAGUUAUGGAACAGCAAACAAUUUCGAUUGCCAAGGCCGGAAUAAUGACUUGCUUGAACGCUAGAGUUUCCAUUCUCGCAGCAGCCAAUCCAGCAUACGGCCGUUACAAUCCACGUCGUACAAUCGAACAAAACAUUCAGCUUCCGGCUGCUUUGCUGUCCCGUUUCGAUCUUCUGUGGUUAAUUCAGGAUAAGCCUGACCGUGACAAUGAUCUCCGUUUGGCCAAGCACAUUACAUUCGUACACAGCCAUCUUAAGCAGCCACCAAGUCGCAUUAAGGCCCUAGAUAUGUCACUGAUUCGUCGUUACAUUUCACUCUGCAAGCGCAAGAAUCCCGUCAUCACCCCGGAAUUGUCGGAAUAUUUCGUCAAUGCCUACGUGGAAUUGCGCCGCGAAGCUCUCAACCGAAAGGACCAAACCUUCACUUCCGCUAGGAACCUGCUGGGAAUUCUCCGUUUGUCGACUGCUCUUGCUCGGCUCCGUUUGGCCGAUGAAGUGGACAAGGACGAUGUGCAGGAAGCGCUCCGAUUGGUCGAAAUGUCCAAGGACUCGUUGAAUUUGACCGAGCAGAAGACUACUCACGUUCCCAACACCUCCGAUAAGAUCUUUGCCCUGAUAAGUGAGUUGGCCGGAACGAGCAAAACGGUCAAAAUCUCCGACGUUUUGGAGCGGGCCACUACCAAGGGCUACAAACCGGAUGAGGUGGAUACUUGUAUCGUAGAGUACGAGGAGCUCAACGUGUGGCAGGUCAAUCAGACGAGGACCAAAAUCACCUUCAUUUAAAUGCGUUUUCCUUUUUGGUCUACUUUUUACCUUUUUUUACAUCAAUAACUAUUUUGGUUCGCAUUUUCUCUAGUUGAUAAGAUUCUAAGUUUAAUUGUUUUAUAACGGUUUACUAUUGAUCAAUUUAACCGUUUUUAUGCCGAUAGUACAAUGUAAUAACGUGAAAGGUUUCAACUUUUCGUUCAAUAAAGUAUACAGUGGCUUGACGACAAACAAAA